GGCUUGGGCGGGAGUGGGCGGGGCUUGGGCUUGGCGCGGCGGGUUCGCGGUGCCGGCGGUGGCACGCCGCAGACGGGAGCCGCGCCAUGGGGCCGUUCGCGCUGCUCGCCUUCGGCCUCGGCCUCGUCCUCUUCUUCGCCCUGCUCCGCUGGGGCUGGCCCCGCGGCCCCAACCCCUUCGCCGCUGACGCCCGGCGCCCGCCGGCCCCGCUGGUCACCGACAAGGCUGCCCGGAGGGCGGUGCUGAAGGCAGUUUUCUCGGCAGACAAAGUCCCCGCGGGGCUGGAUGCCAUCGUCAUCGGCAGCGGCAUCGGGGGCCUGGCGGCGGCCGUGCUGCUGGCCAAGGCCGGCCGGCGGGUGCUGGUGCUGGAGCAGCAUGGCAAGCUGGGGGGCUGCUGCCACACCUUCAGUGAGAAGGGCUUCGAGUUCGACACUGGGAUCCACUACGUGGGGGAGAUGCACGAGAGGUGCAUGAUGCGCUUCAUCGUGGACCAGCUGACGGAGGGGCAGCUCGAGUGGGUCCCCAUGCCGGCCGCCUACGAUGCCGUGGUGCUGGGGGAGCCCAAGCGCAGCAGGGCGCACCACGUCCUCACGGGGAGGAAGGAAUACUUCGAUGGCUUGAGGGAGCGCUUCCCCAGAGAAACGGCCGCCAUCGACGAGUUCGAGCAGCUCACGCAGCCCUGGCGGCCUCCCCCAGCACGGGGGGGGGGGGGGUCGGGGGCGCGCUGCGACAGCCCCCCUCUCUCACAGAGCAUCAGCGGAGGGAUGAAAGCCGUGGGCAUGCUGAAGCUGCUGCCCCUGCCGCUGGCCCGGCUGCUGUGCCACUCGGGGCUGCUGCCCUGGCUCAGCCCCUUCUGCCGGAUGGCUUCGCGCAGCCUGAAGGAUGUGGUCGACAGCCUCACUGCCAACGCAGAGCUCCGCGCCAUCUUCAGCUACAUCUUCCCCACCUACGGCGUGCCCCCCUCGAAGGCCAGCUUCUCCAUGCACAGCAUCCUGGUGAACCACUACCUCUACGGCGCCUGGUACCCCAAAGGGGGGUCUGGGGAAAUUGCCUUUCACACCAUCCCCAUCAUCCAGAGGGCCGGGGGCAACGUGCUGGGCAGGGCGCCGGUGCAGAGCAUCCUGCUGGAUUCCCAGGGCAGAGCCUGCGGCGUGAGUGUCAAGAAGGGGCAGGAUCUGGUGAACAUCUUCGCUCCCACCAUCAUUUCAGACGCUGGAUUAUUUAACACCUAUGAACGGCUCCUGCCGGCGGAGGCGCGGGCUCUGCCUGAGAUCCAGUCCCAGCUUGGCAUGGUGAAACACGGCGAGGCGAGUUUCAGCGUUUUCGUAGGUCUUACUGGCUCGAGCCAAGAGCUGGGGCUGGAAGCCACGAACUACUUCGUCUACCCAGGAAAUAACCUGGAUGAAAUAAUGAAGCGGUACCUGACUUCAUCCAGAGACGAAGCCGCCAAGAGCAUCCCGUUCCUGUUUGUCACCUGCCCCUCGGCCAAGGACCCCACGUGGGAAACGAGGCACCCAGGUAAAUCCACACUGGCCAUCGUGACCUUUGCCAAAUACGAGUGGUUUGAGGAGUGGAAGGACGAGCAGGUCAACAAACGGGGAGAUGCUUACGAGGACCUGAAGAAGACCUUUGUGGACGCCGUCAUGGAGGUUGUCUUCAAACUCUACCCCAAUAUUGAGGACAAGAUCGAGUACAUCUCUGGAGGGUCGCCCCUCACCAACCAGCACUACAUCGCCAGCCCCCAGGGGGAGAUCUACGGCAUCGACCACGACAUCGCCCGCACGCAAGCCGAAGCCAUAGCCACCAUGCGGCCACAGACGGCUGUCCCCAACCUCUACCUGACAGGGCAGGAUGUCUUCAUGUGCGGCUUCAUGGGAGCCCUGCACGGAGCCCUCUUCUGUGCCAGCGCCGUCCUCAACCGCAACGUCCACCUGGACGCGUUAAGGCUGAGGAAGCGCACACGGGCCACCACCAACGACUACAAGAAGAGAGAUUGAGGCCCAGCGUCCCACCAGUGCCCCCUUCCCCUCCCAGCCCAGCAAAUCACCCCCGCACCACAGCUCAGUGGUGGCUUUGGCAUAGGUAGCGCAUCCUCCUCGCACACAGCUCCGAAGGAUGGAAGGCCAGGAGGAAGCUGUUGCCGAAUCUGGUCGGCUUGCCUCAGGUCCUGUCCAGCUGGAGCACGCCUCCUUCCACCACAACGCACACCACCACCCGGUCCUGGCUGCCCUUUUGAAGGGCAAAUCCCUUUUCCCAGCACUGGGGACACCAAGAGCUGACACGGGCAGCGUUGGCCGGGAGCAAAGUUGCAGCACUCCCAAAAAAUGGGGUGUGCCAGAAGGCAGAGCCCAGCAGCUUCCACCAGCAGCACCCUGCACAAACCUGCCCAGGCAGCAUCAGACCCAUUUGCUGUCAGUCCCUGGGUGGAUGAUGGCUGCAUCGAAGCGAGGGCAAAUCGUCCCAAGCCAGGGCAAGCCCCGUCACUGCGUGUUAAUGAAGGCACAGGAGGCUCAGCGAGGCUCUCCCCGUGAAGGAGCCCGCUCCUGGCUGCAGCCCUCGUCCUGCAGCCUUGCGGCUGCUUGCUGUCAGCAGAGUUCAGUGGGUCAGCAGAGCAGGCGUUGUUGCACGCCAAAUGGAUUGAUUAAAGCUGGAUUUAAGGUUACUGAGGAGCCAUGGCACGCAGUGCUCUCCAGCUCUAUGGGGUGUCCCACGAUGUGCCUUGCUGCAGCGGUGUCGCACGCUCUGCAAUCACACAGCCCUCGGUCCAGUGAUGCUGCAGAAGUCGGCGCUGCUCAUCACCUGAGAUGUGUGAUGGUGCCAAUCCCCACUCCUGUAGAAAUAGCAAAAAGCCCGGCCUGUCUGCUGGCCGGGAGAAGCUUGGGCACACACUCAAAGCCCUUUCCGACCGCCGCGGUGCUGGGAAGGGAAGCAUGUGAGACUAAAUAAAAAAGCCUUGUGAUGC